AUGAUUUCUGAAACUUGGGUGGGAUCCCGAAUCCCCAACAUAGACGUUGUCGAGGAGGCCAUAGAACAGGGCUUCUCUGUGAAAGAGAUUUUCAGGGAUGUUCGAGGAGAUAUAGAGCUCUCUUGUUUUGAGGAGGUCGAGGAGUACUACGAAACAAUCUGGGUUCCAAUCAAUGAAGUAAUCACCAUCAUCAUCAGCAACAUAGUUAUGGGUUUGGAGAUUCCAAUUGUUGUUGAACAUGGCUACGAAGAAGGAAUUACAGCCACCGUUGGCAAGGGUGGUGGUUGUGGUCUCGAAUAUUUUGCCACCAAUGUUGAAUUUUACUCUUUUUACAGAGUAUUUAGGAGUGACUGCUCCACAAAGGAGGUGUAUGAGAAAGAAGCCAAGGACGUUGCUCUUUCAGUUGUCAGUGGUAUUAACUGCAUAAAUUUCAGCUAUUGUUUUGCAUACGGACAAACAAGCAGUGGGAAGACAUUCACGAUGACGGGAAUUACUGAGUAUGCCAUAGCAGAUAUUUAUGAUUAUAUAGAGAAGCACAAUGAAAGAGAAUUUCUUUUGAAGUUCUCUGCUAUGGAGAUUUACAAUGAAUCUGUCAGGGACCUCCUCAGCACAGAUAGUUCUCCACUUAGACUUCUAGAUGAUCCCAAGAGAGGGACUGUUACUGAGAAACUCACAGAGGAACCUCUCAGAGACUGGAAUAAUGUAAUGGAACUCCUCUCCAUCUGCGAAGCUCAAAGACAAAUAGGGGAAACUACCCUGAAUGAAACAAGCUCCAAAUCUCAUCAAAUAAUCAGAUUGACAAUUGAAAGUUCUGCUCGGCAAUUUUUAGUCAAGGACUACUUAAGCACCCUUACAGCUGCUGUGAAUUUUGUUGAUCUUGCAGGAAGUGAGCGUGCAUCUCAGUCAUUAUCAGUUGGCACCAGGCUAAAGGAGGGUUGCCACAUAAAUUGUAGUUUACUGACCCUGGGAACUGUUAUCUGCAAGCUAAGGAGCAAGAGCCAAAUGAAUUGUUUUAAAGCAAAAAAUCAAGGACUACUUGAAUUAUCUUCAUCAGAUUAACUGAAACUUGAUUCUGACCGUCAUCAUUUAGCCCAUGAUUUUCAAAUUCGUUGAUUGGUAAUUACUUAUAUCAACCAGGUGCUGGUAAUGGUUAGUUGUUUAUUUUAUUAAGACAAUGCAGUUGUCAGGAUCAUACGACUAAUCACUUGGUUGUGCUGCUUUACUCUACAUUCUCUGAGAUUACUAUCAUCA